CCCCAUGAGAGCGGAAAAUUCGAAUGUUUUGAUUUUGAAAAUAUUUGGUUUCAAAUUCAAAAUUUUGUUUUAUUUUACGAUUUUGUUAUGUGAUCGGUCACUGGCUUUCAAUUUUGGUGUCUUUUUGGACAAAUUUGCAGUAUGACUACACAAUCAGCUGUGAAGGUUUGUACAAAUUUAUAAACAAUACGUACAUAAUAUUUGUACAAGUAAACCAAAGGUCGUGGGUUCGACUCCCACCGCGGUCAAGCAGGCUUUAAAGCUUUUCAAUUUGCCCGGUGUGGUCAGAGACAACAUCACAAACAUAUAACUAUCUUUACUUUAUAUUUAUAGCUUCCUGAGAUAGAAGAUUUUGAUGUGAUUAAGCCUAUAAGCCGAGGAGCAUAUGGGUAAAAUUAAAAUAUAUAAUAUAUUGUACUCAUGGUGUCUUAUGUCAUUCAUGUGGUAUAUUGUAAGGGGAGGUUGGAAGAUCGGAUGGAGUAGACUUGUACCAUGGUAUGGUGUUAGUGUGUGGUACCAUGGUGUGGUUUCAUAUUGUAUGGUGCAGUAUGGUGUCAUAUUAUGUGGCAUGGUAUGGUGUCGUAUAAUUUAAUACGGUACGGCACAAUAUAUUGUGCAAUGUUUUGGUAUGUUUUGUUACAAUAUGGUGCAGUGUGGUAUGGUUUGAUUGAGUAUGGUACAAUGUUUUGGUAUGGUUUUGUUCAGUAUGGCAUGGUAUGGUAAUUUACAUGUUAUGGUGUGUGGUUUUCUAUGUAUCUAAGGAGUCUUAAUUUAAUAACAGCUAUGCCCUGUGCUAAUCCCAUCUACAAGCAUGAAAAUAAUUCCAAAUAUUCUCAAAUGUAUCCAUUCUGUUUAGCCAAGUAUUCCUUGGCAAGAAGAAAGACAAGACUGAUGACAAGUCAGGAAUGCUUUACGCCAUUAAAACAAUGAAAAAAACUGAACUGGUUAAAAAGAACAUGAUUGAUCAAGGUGAGGACGAAUUCAAAUUCAUGUUUUAGCGCGUCUGGUUACUCCGAAUGUUAUAAUUGAAAAUCUUUAGAACUAAAUCUUUACGUUCAUUUUGUAGUCGUGGCUGAAAGAGAUGCUCUGGCAAUAUCCAAAAGCCCUCAUAUCGUUCAUCUCUUUUAUUCUUUUCAAUCAAAAGAUCAGAUAUUUCUGGUACGUUCGGUCAUAUAAGCUUUAACAUGAAAAUGGUUUUCAGCAAAGCCAAAGGUUCAGACUCGACUACGAAAUCCAACACCACAGCUAGAAAGAGCGUCUUAGAAUGAGUAAAACUGCAAAGAGUGGUUGCUAAAUGUUGUAAAAUGAAGAAAAUAUAGUAUAUAUUUGUAUUACGCGCGGUAAAAAUAACCACUUACGGCUCAAAAGUGGUUAUUUUUCCCCGCGCGUAAUGCAAAUCUAUACAAAAUUUGCGAACUUCGCAGGGCUAUAUUUUCCUCAUUUUACAACAAUUCGCAACCAGACUAUGCAAUUUUACUCAUUUUAAGAUGCUCUUUCCAGCUAUGGUAAUGGAUUUUGUUCUUCCUGUCUAGAUCAAAAUUUCGUACAGUAAUAACCAUUUCUAAUUUAUUGUAACAUUCUUAGGUUAUGGAGUAUUUGAUCGGUGGUGACGUCAAAUCAUUGUUACAUAGUAUGGGUUUCUUUGAUGAACAAAUGUCCCGACUUUACAUUGCUCAGGUGAAACACUCAUUCUUGUACAGAAAGAAAUCGUAUUAAUAAGAAGUUCCAAUUUUCCAAAUUUCAAAUAAAGUCAGCACGGAAAUUGAUAUUGUUUUUUGAUGUUUCAGGUAGUACUAGCGUUAGAAUAUCUUCACAGCCAUGGAAUAAUUCACAGGUACAUAAAAAUGGCAAUGACCAAUAAGAUGUUGUCACCAUUGUGAAAACUGUGAAACUUUUCUUGUGUUCUAGGGAUUUAAAACCAGACAAUAUGUUGGUGACCAACGAAGGACGUAUUAAACUGACAGACUUUGGUCUUUCAAAAUUGGAUCUGGAGAGGAAUAAAAGUAAGAAAUACGAAAAGGGCACAAUUUUAAACACACAGGUUUAUUCCAAAUUUGUGGUCUUUCUCUGGACUAAAAGGAGUGGUAGAUAAUAAUAAUAAACUUUAUUAAAGCGUCUAAACGAUUUAGCAUUACAAAAUUAAUGAUUUGGUGACAACUAGUAAACUAGUAAAUAAUUAUCUACCGUCUUAUAAAAUGCAAUUAUAUAAAUAUUAUAAUGUAUCUCUAUGUAAUGUAUCUAAUGUAUAUAAUGUACAAUAUUGAUGUCAAAGAAUAGACCUUUCCCCUUUUAAGUGAAAAUUUGAUCUAGACAAGUCUGGACAAAAUUUCAUCACAGCUUGAAAGAGCAUCACAAAAUUAGUAAUAUUCCGAAGUUUCGUUGCGAAAUGUUGUAAAAUGCGGAUAAUACAGCCUUGCGAAGUUUGCCGUUUUUCAGUCAUUUGGUAUAAUUACAAACGGGAAAUUGAUAAUCAGUUUGAUCAUCUGAUUCUAAAUUUCCUAUUUGUAAUACAAAAUGACUGAAAAACGGCAAACUUCGCAAGGCUAUAUUAUCCGCAUUUUACAACAUUUCGCAACGAAACUUUGGAAUAUUACUAAUUUUGUGAUGCUCUUUCAAGCUGUGAUGAAAUUUUGUCCAGACUUGUCUAGAUCAAAUUUUCACUUAAAAGGGGAAAGGUCUAUUAACAUCACUUUUACUCUCUGAUAACUGCAGGUUGAUCACCAUCUGCUGCGCGAUAGUGCUUUAUAGUGAAACCCAGAACUAAACGUUUUUCUUUCUUUACAGAACCAACGAUCAUGGAUGUGAUGAACACGCCAUCAUGUAAGCCUUCAGUCUCGUCACCAGGCUACUGGAGGACGCCGGGACAAAUUGCAUCGCUUACGACAGAUUUCACUUUUGUAAGUUUCACGUGAAAUUGGUGGGUUUCAAUAAACGCUGCAGGACAACGUAUGGUGGUUAACCUCUGAAAUGUUUACACUAUCAAAGUUUCUGUGAUCACAGUAGGAAUUUUGCGUCGGUAAAUUCUAAGUUUUGAAGGAUUUGUAAGAAAUGUUUGAGGAAACUGAAUAGUGUUAAACACUGAGUUAGUUUCCUCAAACAUUUCUUACAAAUCCUUCAAAACUUAGAAUUUACCCAUCUACAAUUCCUACUGUGACCACAGAAACUUUGAUAGUGUAAACCCAGCCUUAAAACCUACUCAUUACUUUACAGUCUAUCCCAAAGUCAAUAAAACCCAGGUCUCGUAUGCUGUCUCGGAUUUUGACGGAGGAACGGCCGGACACAGUUGAGACACCGUAUCUUUUUGCCACACCAGACAGUAAACGCAUAAACCGCAGAUUAUCAUCUGGCAGGAAUAGUGUGUACAAGACUCCUGACAUUGAGUCGCGGACGAGGUCCUUUAUAACGACACCGCUCAACCCUGAUACCGUGCACGAGAAGUCAGGUAGGUGUGAACCAGUCAUGAUGUCAACUAACUUUAUUUAUACUGGAUAGCUCUAUCAGUUCUAAACUGUUCUCCCUAGAGUUCCAGUAAGAAUCAUCUCUUAUUGAUCCAGUGUUACUACAGGAGGAAACCUAAACUAACCUAACUUUAUUUGUACUGGAUAGCUCUAUCAGUUCUAAACUGUUCUUUCUAGAGGUCCAGUAAGAAUCAUCUCUUAUUGAUCCAGUGUUACUACAGGAGGAAACCUAAACUAAACUAACUUUAUUUAUACUGGAUAGUUCUAUCAGUUCUAAAAUGUUCUUCCUAGAGGUCCAGUAAGAAUCAUCUCCUAUUGAUCCAGUAUUACUACAGGAGGAAACCUAAACUAAACUAACUUUAUUUAUACUGGAUAGCUCUAUCAGUUCUAAACACUGUUCUCCCUAGAGUUCCAGUAAGGAUCAUCUCUUAUUCAUUCAGUGUUACUACAGGAGGAAACCUAAACUAACUUUAUUUAUACUGGAUAGCUCUAUCAGUUCUAAACUGUUCUCCCUAGAGGUCCAGUAAGAAUCAUCUCUUAUUGAUCCAGUGUUACUACAGGAGGAAACCUAAACUAAACUAACUUUAUUUAUACUGGAUAACUUUAUCAGUUCUAAACUGGUCUUCCUAGAGGUCCAGUAAAGAUCAUCUCUUAUUGAUCCAGUGUUACUACAGGAGGAAACCUAAACUGAACUGACUUCAUUUAUACUGGAUAACUCUAUCAGUUCUAAACUGUUCUUCCUAGAGGUCCAGUAAGGAUCAUCUCUUAUUGACCCAGUGUUACUACAGAAGGAAACCUAAACUAAACUAACUUUAUUUAUACUGGAUAACUCUGUCAGUUCUAAACUGUUCUUCCUAGAGAUCAAAAUUUCUUUGCUUCUAUAGAACACAGAGGCCGAAAACGCAACAUGAAAUCUUGGCGAGCAAAUUGGUCAGAUACGGAGAGCCCCGAACAUGAGGCGAGGCCACAUUCGGAGGACGACGACACUGAACGAUCACCGAAGCGACGUCGAAUGAGCCCGACUGGUUUGACCUGCGAAAUCCAAGGUUUUGAGAUUAAACAAUCAAAAAGCAUGCCCUCCAGCUUUGUCAAGAAAACGGUUGCUAAAGGAGAUGACGUGGCUGUGCCGACGUUACCAGUUGCCAAGGAAACAAGAAUUUCGGGAGUUUUUAAUAUAAACGAUUCACUCAAUGAAAGUCUAAUGGAUGGAAGUUUUAUUGAACAAGAUAUUAUCCAUCAACCUGUACGGGAUAGGGAGGGACAAAGUGGAGGUAUCUGUGCACCCCCAGGAAUAUCUACCCACGAACCCUUGGGACACAAUGGGGAUAUAUCUGUACCUCCUGGAUCAUGUUAUGAUAGUUGUGGUGAAAAUGAUAUUACAGGGGAUAAUCAUGGCAAAUCGAUGAACACCCCACCAAGUGUGUUUUAUUCAUGUAGCAGUGAAGUUAGCGCUAUACCGAAAUCUACGAAUUCCAACAUUUCCACGCGUGGGUCACACGCGAGUUCCACGCGUGACACACGCGCAAGUCCUGAGAAUAGUCAAAUGACAAUUUCAUCUUCAUCAUUUGUCACUCCCGCGCGUUCCUCGCGUGAGUUCCACUUAUCGUCGCACGACGUCCACGCGGGACAAUCCACGAGCGAGGAAAAUGGAAAGAAAGUAUUUCAGACACCGGUUGGUAAUGCUCCAAAACAUUUUCAAACUGCGUCAGUAACACGAAUCAGAUUUCAGUCACCGAUGGAAAUUGCUUACAAUGUCCCGCCGCGGAGUUCCAAUACCACGCCACGUCGACGUCGCCAUAAUCACGUGAGUAUGGCGUCAUAUUUCCAGAGACACUUAAGUCUAUGUUAUAACUAGGGAAAUAAAGUUGAGCCUGCGUUGGUGUGAAUGUUACUUUCCACUUACAGAGAAAUAUUUCGCUUCAUUUCUUUUGAAUUCUGACCCACUCACAAUUCAACAUCUUGGUAAUUUUUUUAGGCAACUCCACUGAGAACUCCAAAAUCAUGCAAGAGGGGAGCAGCUCCCAAACCCAUUCAGAGGAUCCUCGGAACACCAGAUUACCUUGCUCCAGAGGUCUUACUGCGGCAAGAUCAUGGUAAGCAUUAAAAGUUCUUACUGGAUCUCUUGAGAGAACAGUUUAGAACUGAUAGAAUUCUACUUUGCAGAUUGUCCUUACUGGACCUCUUGAGAGAGCAGUUUAGAACUGAUAGAAUUCUACUUUCCCGAUUGUCCUAACUGGACCUCUUGAGAGAACAGUUUAGAACUGAUAGAAUUCUGCUUUCCAGAUUGUCCUUACUGGACCUCUUGAGAGAACAGUUUAGCACUGAUAGAAUUCUACUUUGCAGAUUGUCCUAACUGGACCUCUUGAGAGAACAGUUUAGAACUGAUUGAAUUCUACUUUCCAGAUUUUCCUUACUGGACCUCUUGAGAACAGUUUAGAACUGAUAGAAUUCUACUUUGCAGACUGUCCUUACUGGACCUCUUGAGAGAACAGUUUAGAACUGAUAGAAUUCUACUUUGCAGACUGUCCUUACUGGACCUCUCGAGAGAACAGUUUAGAACUGAUAGAAUUCUACUUUGCAGAUUGUCCUUACUGGAUCUCUUGAGAGAACAGUUUACAACUGAUAGAAUUCUACUUUGCAGGUGUUGGUGUAGACUGGUGGGCAUUGGGAGUUUGUCUCUACGAGUUCCUGACAGGCAUUCCUCCGUUCUCUGAUGAAACACCCGAGUUGAUCUUCGAACACAUUAUGGGCAUAGGUAAGAGAGUUUAUACCGUCCAUUGCAUCUUACAGCUCAGAGCUGCAUCGCAAAGGAUGUAGUUCAGCCUCUUGCAGACCAUGCGAGCCAUGGUAAUAAGAGGCCGAAUCCAAAUUCAAAACGUACUGUAUACCUCAUUUCUAGACAUUAGCUUCAAUUCCAGAGUUGAAAACUUAGGUGAAAGAAAGAAUUCUGGAGUUCUAGGCUAACUCCACGAAUCAUGCGAGGGCAGCUAUGCAAACCUGGAGUUACUAACAACUUCAAAAACUCGCAUGCAUGGUAUAAUGCUUUCAUGUAUUAAACCUCUGCCUAGCACUAGGCUACAUACACACCAGUGUUUACUCUUUGUGCAAAUCUUGAAUAUUUUUUCAGAGUAUUUGCUUCCUGAAGGGGAUGAAGCAUUAUCGGAAGAUGCAGAAGCAGCCAUUGCUAAUAUUCUUGUCAAAGAUAUCACACAGAGACCCGAGGCUAAAGGUCUGUGAAAAGUGAAAUAUAAUACAGGUUUUUCUUGAAAUUCAAACAUCUUUAAAAAUUAAAAUCAUUUCGUGAAAAGAUAUUCUUCAAAUCUUGACUUCUUGAAAAAUACUUUGAAGUGACAAAUGCUUUUCUGAAUUCUGCUCUAAUGAUCUUCCCAUCACAUCCAAGAAUUGUUUUUUAAUUUAAUCUCCUAUAAUAUUCACUUUUGGAAGAAUUCUGAAAUUUCACUUCCUAACUAUAUAUCACUUCCUAAAUAGAUUUCGUUUCCUAAAAUUAACAUUUUGAAUGUACUUUUGGAAGAGUACUCCCUAAACGUUUCAUGAAAAAUGAUCCUGACAUUCACUUUUAGUUAAAAAUAUUAAAUUACUACAGGAUGUUCGCUUAGUUCCAAUUACUUUUCAGAUAUUAAGAAGUUACCAUUCUUCUCCGUCUUGGAAUGGUCCAACAUUGAUGGUUAUCCACCACCAUUUGUUCCAAAUCCAGAUGAUGAUAUGGACACGUUUUACUUUGAAGGUGAGUACUACCUUGCUGAUGUACAGAACUCGGGCUGGAGGCAGAAUAAUUCACUCAAAUAUUUAUGUCUUUUGUUUUACAGCUCGCAACAAUGUCCAAAACCUUCAUAUGUCGUCAUUUUGCAAUUGACCAAAAGAACAUUCAAGGAAUAACAUGAGGCUUUUGGAAACACCUGGCUUCUGACAUGUUGGAUUUAAAUUUGUAGAGAUUUAUUGUAGAUAAAAAGUUAUAUUUAAAAACAUUUAUAUUUAAGAAGGCAUAAUGCUUCGAUAUUAAAUAAGGUUAAUUUUGAACCACAAUUCAUAUAGAACUAUAUUGUAUCUUUAAAAACUUUGAUCAGAAAUUAAUUUCUUUCAAAUUUACGAUAAAUGUAAAAAUAUCAAUAAAUCACACCACAGGUAUCCACAGGCUUGCAAUGUAGUAUUUUAAUAUUCAACCUUCGUGAUUACAGGGAAAUGCGUCUCAAUACAACUAUUACAUGAUAAAUCACGAGUAAUUAAGUAAGUGCUGCCAAGCUUGUUGGACACCCGCCCAAGGCAGAUUCUUUGCUGGGUCCAAUUUCUUUUAUAUAACUUCCAAGGAUGGGGAGAGUGUUGAUCUGUUGUCAAGUGGAACGAUACAACAACAAGACUUUCCUUCCAAUUUUUAUCUGAUGUUGGCUACGCGUAUUUCUAUGGUUUUUCUAGGGUGUGAUAUACGGCAUGUAAUACCACAUAAAAUCCUCGACUAUAAGGGCUAGUUUUAACCAUCUGAACUCCGAAGGAAACCUACAAUCACCAUACUUACCACCCAUUACUUAUCAAAGUAACCACCAUCACUUACCAUCGGACUACUCGACGUCCACCAUCAUUUUCACCACCAUUUUUUUCCAGGCCAAUUCCGGCAUACUCUCAUUCACAAAAUUCAUCCUAAGAAAAGAGGUCGCGUUGGCUUAGGU